GUCUGUGAAAUGUGGAGGAACCCCAAGUUAUUUGUAAUUUGUGUGGCUCCUGCAAUGAAAGUGUCGAUCAUUUGCUAUUAAAUUGCAAGUAAUAGGAGAGAAGAUGAGAGAGAGAGAAGAUGAGAGAGAGAGAAACCUCAAACACUACAACCAUAACCGUGAGAGUUUUCCAGUGAGGGAGUGUCCAAACCAAAACAGCUACCAUAGCCUUCAAAGAAGUAAUGCACGGGGAUCAGAAAGGACGGCAGGACAGGAGUGUGAGAGGAACCAAAGACCAACAUAUGGAUAUGGUAAAGGGGUUCUGGAGCAAGCAACCUCCUUUUUCAUCACAAACUUUCCAGAAGAUCUGGAGAUGGGAGAUAUGUGGCCAGCUUUCAUGAAAUGCGGACGGGCAAUCCAAAUUUUCAUUGCAAAAAAGAGAGGCAGAUGGGGACAACGAUUUGGCUUUGCUAAGUUCCUUGAUGUGGUUGACCCGAAAUCCAUGCAGACCAAGCUUAACCAAAUCAGAUUUGGUGAUCAAUUCCUCCAUGCAAAUUUGGCUAGGUUCGCUCAAGGGGACAAACCGCUGGAACAGAAGAGUAGAAGGAAGGUGCCACUGAAGGAAAAAGGCGAUCUGUCAUAUGCAGAGGCUUUGCAAAGGGGAGUAAGUGAGAAUCACGGACAUGCUCAUAGGAAGGAGUGGCAGAGGAAAAGGCAGGGGACUUCAGACAAGACUGAGAAAAACAACUGGUAUGGGCUUGAGGAAAAGUUCUUAAUGGAAGGUUAUUUCUCAGCAAAACUAACACCAAUGGGUAGCAAUAUGGUGUUAAUCUCUUGUGAGGACAGUGAUGAACUAAAGAAUCUUGUGGAAUCGGGGAGAGACUGGCUUGCACAGUGGUUCACAAACAUCAAACCUUGGACUCCUGAAUUAGUUGCAACAGAGAGAUUUACUUGGUUGAGAUGCCAAGGUGUGCCACUACAUAUAUGGAAGAGCAGCUUCUUUGAAACGGUGGCAAACCUCUUUGGGAAAUUUAUCUCCUUGGACAAUAGCACUAUAAAAAGAUCUCGUUUGGAUGUGGCCAAAAUUUUAGUUUUGACACCUUCCCAAGCCAAUAUUCAAAGGGUGAUAAAGGUUAAAGCCAGGGAGGUUAUAUUCCAGAUCAGAAUUUCUGAGGAGACAGGGGUUGAUAAUCUAUUCUCCCUCCGUUCUGACUUUGUGUUGUGCAGGAAUGAAGAUUCGGAGGAUGAAGAAUGGUCAGAAGAAUCAAAAUGGGAUGAAACUGGAAACGGAAAUGACUGGGAUGAAUGGCAAGCUAUACAAGAUGAUGACGAGAAAGACAUCAUGGAAGUAGAUGAUUCAGGGAGGAAGAAACGGGGGACGUUGUUGGUGCCGGAGGUCGAAGUUGAAAGGGUGUCUGAAACCACGCUGACAGGAAGAUCUGCAUUUAAUGCAAAAGAUUACAAUUCAAAUUUGAAAGUGAUGGUAAACAAUGAGGGUACUUUCGAGGAGGAUAUUGAAUCGGAAUCAUUGGAAAAUGAGAAAAGCAACUCCAAAGGCAGAAAUGAGGUAUUUGAACCUAACAACCUAAUCAAGUGCAAAGAAGUAGGCAGAAAUGCUCACCAACAAAAUGCCAACGAAUUGGUCUCUAUGAACCACAACACCUCCCCUUUGAAUCUGCAUAGUGACAGUGCCGUGGGCCUAGCAAGCGACGAUGAGAUUCUCCAAGCAAAGGCAGAUCGUCUAGCUCAGGAUAAAGCCAGAAAAGGAAAGCGGAUCAAGCAAUCGAAGAGGAGGAGGAAAUGCAAGAUCACAGCUAGUACUAGUAACACUAAUCUGAAGAGCAUCCGCCAAACGACCGGAUUGGAAGGGGAAUACAGCUACUCAACUUGUAGAAAUGAAGGCAAAAGGAACUGGAAACAAGAAGCAUCAAAAUUUUGGGAAAUCGGGCUGCGGUUAGGGCUGAUCUAUAAAGGCAAUGUGGAUGAUCUCAUUAGGAGAGUGGGUGAAAUGGAAAGAAGAGAUAGAAUUGCCUUGUUAGCAAGAAAGGAGAGAGCGGAUGUGAUCUUUAUUCCGGAGACUAAGCUUGAAAGGUUUGAUGAUAAAAUAGCAAAAUCCAUUUGGGGAGCUGAGUUAUGUGCAUGGGUCGCAAAAGAAGCAAAAGGAAAAUCUGGAGGAAUUGCAUGUGUGUGGAAUCCAGAUUCAUUCAACAUGGUGAAAAGAAUUGAAGGUAGUGGUUUUGUUGGAAUGUUUGGUUUCUGGGGAAAGGAUAACGUGCCUUGCUUUCUUAUAAAUGUUUACUCUUCCUGUGAUAAGAAUGACAAAAGAAUCUUAUGGGGCGAACUCACCGACUUAAUAAAGGUUAAUGGAGGAGGUAAUUGGUGUAUUGGAGGGGAUUUUAAUGCAGUGCGAGAUAAGGAAGAAAGAAGAGGGAGAUAUACUGAUGCUGUAGAUAUCAGAGGUUUCAAUGACUUUAUCUUGGAUGCAGGCUUGGAGGAAAUACCUAUGGUAGGGAGGAAAUUCACAUGGUACAAAUCAGAUGGAAUAGCAAUGAGUAAACUUGACAGAUUUUUAUUCUCCACAGAAUUCCUAAUCAACUUCCCAAACUUGAUCCAGCGAGGUCUGAGCAGAGACUUGUCAGAUCACUGCCCAGUUCUAGUGAAAAGCCUGAAUGCAGAUUGGGGCCCAAAGCCUUUUAGAAGCCUGGACUGCUGGAUGAAUCAUGAAGGUUUCGAUGCUUUUGUUCGUGACAAGUGGAGUAGUUUUGAGAUAGAUGGGUGGGCUUGCUACAAACUAAAAGAAAAAUUGAAGAUGCUAAAAAAGGAGCUGAAAGCCUGGAAUAAAGAAGUCUUUGGAGUCGUUGAUAGAAACAUGGAUGCAGCUAGAGAGGAAAUAAAGCAGUUAGAUGAAAAAGAGGAGAACGAAGGUCUUACAAGCAUGGAGAUUGAUAAAAGAAAGGAGAACUUUCACAAGUUCAUGGAAAGGAAGCAAAAUGAAAUCAUAGGCCUUUAUAACAAUGGUGAAUGGAUCGAAGAUGCUGAUGAGGUGAAGGAAUUGGCAAGAAACUACUUCAAAGAUAAAUUUGAAGAAGAAAAGUGGGACAGACCUUCAUUGGGAGAUUUGCAAUUCAAGAAGAUUAGUGAAGCUGAAAACAAUUUUUUAAUCUCCAAAUUCUCUACAGAGGAGAUUGAUGAAGCAAUGUGGGGAUGCAAUGGAGCCAAAAGCCCGGGUCCAAAUGGCUUUAAUUUCAAUUUUAUCAAAAAGGUCUGGCCAGUUAUUAAGGAAGAUGUGUAUGCUUUUUUAGCAGAAUUUCAUGAAAAUGGAAAGCUAGUCAAAGGGAGCAACGCUUCGUUCAUUGUCCUGAUUCGUAAAAAGGAAAAUCCUCAGAGUUUUGGGGACUACAGGACUAUCUCCCUCAUUGGUAGCAUGUACAAAAUAGUCUCUAAAAUUAUCGCUAAUAGGCUGAGAAGGGUGAUGGAUUCGGUGAUUAGCCCUAACCAAACAGCUUUUAUAGGAGAAAGACAAAUUAUAGAUGGAAUAGUCAUCACCAACGAGAUUAUUCAUGAAGCAAAGCAAUCAAAGAAACCGACGUUGGUGUUUAAAGCAGAUUUUGAGAAGGCAUAUGACAGUGUAAACUGGGAGUUUUUAGAUAAGAUGAUGGAGAAAUUAGGCUUCUCAACAAAAUGGCAUGCCUGGAUAAAAGAAUGCCUGUCCUCAACCUCAGUGUCUUUAUUGAUAAAUGGCAGCCCCACUAAGGAAUUUACAGUAUCAAAAGGAUUGAGGCAGGGCGAUCCUCUUGCUCCUUUUUUAUUUUUAAUGGUUGCAGAAGCCCUCAAUGGGCUAAUUACUAAAGUUGCAGAGGAGAGAUUCUUCGAAGGGGUUGCAAUAGGGGAGAUGAAAUUGAAUAUAACUCAUCUCCAAUUUGCAAAUGACUCCAUCUUGUUUUGUGAGGCUUCAGCUAAAAAUGUAUGGAUGAUUAAAUGCAUCUUAAGGAGCUUCGAAUUGCUAUCUGGCCUGAAAGUGAAUUUCCAUAAAAGUGCUUUGUAUGGAUUUAAUGUAGGAAAGGGGGAAUUAUUGGCUUUAGCUGACAGCUUGAAUUGUUUAGCAGGCUUAGCUCCUUUUAAAUACUUAGGUGUGUUGGUAGGGGCAAACCCAAGGAAAAUAUCUACUUGGAAACCAGUCAUUGAUUGUUUACGGAAAAAGCUAUCCCUGUGGAGAUGUAAUUCACUGUCUUUUGGUGGACGCACCACUCUACUGAACUCGGUCCUUUCAUGCAUCCAUGUGUAUUACUUCUCUUCAAUUAAGGCUCCCAAACAGGUACUCAACCUUAUUUCUUUAAUCCAACGCAGAUUUCUUUGGGGAGGGAAUGAGGAAAAUAAGAGGAUCUCUUGGGUUAGUUGGGAUAGAGUCUGUAGAAGUAGAAGAGAAGGUGGAAUAGGGGUCAAAGAUGUUGGGUUGUUUAAUUUAGCCUUAUUAGGAAAAUGGAGAUGGAGACUGCUACAGGAGAGAGGAACUUUAUGGAGGAAGGUGAUGGAGGCAAAAUACAAACUUACUCUAAAAAAUGAGUGGGAGGGGCAAGAAUGGGGAGGGGACAGAAGUGAUACUUUGUUCUUGCAUAACAUCUGGGUUGGGGAGAUGCCACUUAAGGAGAAAUACAAUAGAUUAUUUGGGAUCUCUUUAGAUAAGGAAGCUGUCAUUGCAAAAAUGGGUAAUUGGAAUCAAGGGGUGUGGGAAUGGACAUGGAAGUGGAGACGAAAUCUUUUUGCUUGGGAAAAUGAACUUUUGCAGGAAUUAAUCAAGGAACUACAAUCAAUCUCACUAAAACAAGGACAGCAGGAUGCAUGGACUUGGAAAUAUAACCAGGAAGGCAAGUACACAGUGAAGACAACAUACAAACAUUUAUGUCAACAACAAACUAUAGGUUCUACUUCUGGCCAAAGGUAUGAUUUGGUAUGGAAUAAAAAUGUUCCUCUCAAAGUGAGUGCAUUCGCAUGGAAAUUAUUGCAAAACAGAAUCCCAACAAAGGACAACUUGACUAGGCGAGGACUGAAAGGCCGAGAUGAUGACAAAUGUGUGCUGUGUGGAGUAGAAGUAAAGAGCGUGGAACAUCUUUUUUUCAAAUGUGAGGUUUCAUGGAGCAUAUGGGUCUCAUGCUAUGACUGGUGGAACCUCAAAACAGUUGGCCAAGGUAAAGGAUGGCUACAUAUUGAGCAGCACACUGGCUUGGUAUCCAGAGGACUCAUGAAAGAAAUGUGGAUAGUAAUCUGGUUUGCAACUAUUUGGUCCAUUUGGCUGUGGCGUAAUCAGAAAAUAUUCAAAGAUGAAGCCGACAGUUGGGAGCGGGUUCUUGAGCUAAUAAAGUUCAGAUCGUUUUACUGGUGCAAAACAACAUUAUGCCCAGAUCUUAUGCAAGACAAAUGGCGCUCCGAACCAAAAGAAGGACACCAGAGAUUGCAGCAAUGAGUUUGAGACUGAUCACCAUGUAAUGGACCAUGGAAAGAGGUUACACGCUAGUAGAAGUAAAGAUGGAUACCUACCUCCUAAAAGGCAAGUAAAUGGUUGUCAAGCCGGUGGCUGAUUACAAUCCAUUUUGCCCGGCAUAUGUAUGGGAUCUUUAAUUGUGAAAGCCUUUAUGUAUUUGCAAUGUAAUUGGUUUGGAGUACCCCCGGUACUCCAUUAAUACAAUAAAUUUUAUUUG